GCCGUUUGCACUCACUGUCUGAUCACUGCAGCACGAGCCAUGGAGUAAAAGGAAGUGGUCCGGGGGAUGAAGUCUCGCGCAUUCCGUAACGGAGGACUCAGCUGUUAAUGCAAACGACACCUCAGCUGCACGUCCGGACUGUGUGAGCCAGCCCUCCUCUGUUUUAUUUUGGCUUUUGUAACUCUGCCGUGUGUUUGGACCAGUGUGUGGAACCAUGAGGACUACUGCUGCAGUGGACUGUCUGUACUAUUGCAUGCUCAUCCUGCAGCUCGUGCAUCAGCCCGUCGCCAAGCAAGUGCUCCGGUACCGCCUGGCCGAGGAGGGACCCGCAGACAUCAGGGUAGGGAACGUGGCCGGAGACUUGGGCAUUGUUGCCGGGUCCGGUGAGGUGACGUUCACCCUGGAGUCCGGCUCCGAUUUUUUUAAGAUAGACAACAUAACAGGUGAGCUGACGACCAACGAGAGGCGGAUAGACCGGGAGAAAUUACAGCAGUGCCAGAUGAUCUUUGAUGAGAAUGAGUGCUUUAUAGAUUUUGAGGUGUCAGUGAUCGGACCUGCCCAGAGCUGGGUCGACCUGUUCGAGGGGAAAGUCAUCAUCUUAGAUAUUAACGACAACACUCCGUCGUUCCCCUCCCCUGUCCUGACUCUGUCUGUGGAGGAGAACAGACCCAUUGGAACCCUUUAUCUGCUGCCCACGGCCACAGACAGAGAUUUUGGCAGGAACGGAAUAGAGAGAUACGAGCUUAUUCAGGACAACGGGGAGAACUCCAGGCGCCCCGGUUCUUCUGGGGAUUCGUACUCGGGGAAGAGGAGGUUCGAGGAGGGAGCGAGCAGGAGCAGCGUCUUUGAACUGCAAGUGGCCGACACGACCGACGGUGAGAAGCAGCCUCAGCUCAUCAUUAAAGGGGCCCUGGACCGGGAGCAGAGGGACUCCUACGAGCUCACCCUCCGAGUCCGGGACGGCGGAGACCCCUCGCGCUCCUCCCAGGCCAUCCUCAUGGUCAUGAUCACCGACGUGAACGACAACAGCCCGCGCUUCGAGAAGAGCGUGUACGAGGCCGACCUGCCGGAGAACAGCUCCCCCGGCGCCCCCAUCCUGCAGCUGAAAGCGGCCGACGCCGACGUGGGGGUGAACGGUCAGAUCGAGUACGUGUUCGGGGCGGCCACCGAGUCGGUGAGGAGGCUGCUGAGGUUGGACGAGAGCACCGGCUGGCUCAGUGUACUGCAUCGCAUCGACCGCGAGGAAGUCAGCCAGCUGAGGUUCACGGUAAUGGCCCGUGACCGAGGCCAGCCGCCCAAAAUGGACAAGGCCACGGUGGUGCUGAACAUCAAGGACGAGAACGACAACGUCCCCGCCAUAGAGAUACGCAAAAUCGGACGCAUUUUCUUAAAAGACGGGGUCGCCAACGUGGCCGAGGACGUGGUGGUGGACACGCCCAUCGCCUUAGUCCAGGUGUCGGAUCGGGACCAGGGGGAAAACGGCAUCGUGACGUGCACCGUGGUGGGGGACGUGCCCUUCCAACUCAAACCGGCCAGCGAGAUGGAGGGGGAGCAGAAUAAAAAGAAAUACUUCCUCCACACGUCUGCACCGCUGGAUUAUGAGGCCACGCAGGAAUAUAAUGUGGUCAUAGUGGCUGUGGACUCUGGGAGCCCCAGCCUGGCCAGUAAUAACUCUCUUAUCGUCAAAGUGGGGGACACUAAUGACAACCCUCCUAUCUUCAGCCAGAACGUUGUGGAGGUGUCUUUUCCUGAAAACAAUGCCCCUGGCGAGAGGGUGACAACAGUGGCAGCCAUCGACGCUGAUAGUGGGAAGAACGCUGAAAUUGCCUAUUCCCUGGACUCAUCUGUAAAUGGGAUUUUCUCUAUCAACGCAGACAGCGGAGACAUCCGAGUAAACACCAUCCUGGACAGAGAGCACACCGAGCGCUACGAAUUCAAAGUGAUCGCCAAAGAUAAGGGCAUACCCACACUACAGGGAUCUGCAACCGUGGUCGUCCUUGUGGCCGAUAAGAACGACAACGAACCAAAGUUCAUGCAGGACGUGUUCACCUUUUACGUCAAAGAGAACCUGGAGCCAAACAGCCCGGUUGGCAUGGUUACGGUGAUUGAUGCGGACAAAGGCCAAAAUGCAGAGAUGAGUCUUUUCAUCGAGGAGGAGGAGGAGAUAUUUUCUAUUGAGAACGACACCGGAACUAUUUUCUCCACGCUGUCCUUUGACCGAGAGCAGAAAACUACGUACACGUUCCGGGUCAAGGCCGUGGACGGAGGUGACCCUCCGAGGUCGGCCACCGCCACCGUCUCGCUGUUCGUUAUGGAUGAAAACGACAACCCUCCGACCGUCACCUUCCCCAUAAACAGCUCCUACACCCUCCUCCCCCCAUCCAGUAACUUCAGGAUGGUGGUGAGGACCGUCAUAGCCACCGACACCGACACUGGCAUUAACGCAGAUCUGAACUACAGCAUCAUCGGAGGAAACCCCUUUAAGCUGUUUGAGAUCGAUGGGGGCACGGGGGUUAUUUACCUGGUGGGGAAGCUGGAGCAGAAGCAUUACGGCCUCCACAGGCUGGUGGUGCAGGUGAACGACAGCGGCCAGCCCUCUCAGAGCACCACCACUCUGGUCCAUGUGUAUGUUAAUGACACUCUGUCAAAUUCCACGGUGGUGGAGGCCCAGGUGGCUAAAAGCCUGAGCACCUCUCUCAACACCAACAUCGCCGGAGACCCUAAUUAUGAUUUAAGCAAACAGCGGCUGAGCAUUGUAAUUGGAGUAGUUUCGGGCAUCAUGACUGUCAUCCUCAUUAUUCUCGUGGUUGUCAUGGCCCGCUACUGCCGCCCCAAGAACAAGAACGGCUACGAGGCGGGAAAGAAGGAUCACGAGGACUUUUUCACACCUCAGCAGCACGACAAAUCAAAGAAACCCAAGAAAGACAAAAAGAAACAAAAGUCCAAACAGCCGCUGUACAGCAGCAUCGUCACCGUGGAGGCCUCUAAACCCAACGGCCAGCGCUACGACGGCGUCAGCGAGAAGCUGUCGGACAGCCCCGGCAUGGGCCGCUACCGUUCGGUCAACGGAGGCCCCGGGAGCCCGGAUCUGGCCCGGCACUACAAAUCCAGCUCGCCGCUCCCCACCGUCCAGCUGCACCCGCAGUCUCCGACGGCGGGUAAAAAGCACCAGGCCGUUCAGGAUCUGCCCCCUGCUAACACCUUUGUUGGCACCGGAGAUAACAUUUCCCUUGGAUCUGACCACUGCUCUGAAUACAGCAGUCAAACUAUCAACAAGUACAACAAACAGCCGUUUCGCCGAGUGACCUUCUCGGUGGUGAGCCAGCCCCAGGACCCUCACCAGCAGGGAUCGCUGCAGAGCUGCUACGACAGCGGCCUGGAUGAGUCGGAGACACCCAGCAGCAAGAGUUCGUCGGGCCCCCGGCUGGGCGCCCUCCCCCUGCCCGAGGACAGCUACGAGAGGACAACGCCGGAUGGCAGUGUCGGUGAGGCAGAGCACAUGGAAAAUGACUCCCGGCCCUUGCCUGAUGUAGCCAUGACCGGCAAAUGCACCCGGGAAUGCGAUGAGUACGGCCACUCGGACUCCUGCUGGAUGCCCGUGCACACGUCGCCCGAGCGACGGCCAUCCAAGUCAACCAACAACAACCCCCAACAACAACAACCAAAGCUUUCCACUUUCAUGAGCGGCAACGGCAGCGGCAACGGCAGCAGCAGCGCCGUCGAGCAGCCCGGCAGCCAAGAGACCCUCGCCAUGGCCGCCAUGGCCAACGGGGACCCGACCGCCGCUCACAUGAUGGGUGACCGGAAUCGCAACUUGCUCAAUAAGAAGAUGGCCUCCUCCUCCUCCUCCUACGAAGCCUUUGGCUCGCCUUCCUACGGCUCACCCGGAGGUGGGGAGGAGGUGCUGGGCCACCCCACCGAGGAGAUCCCUCUGGCCCCCACCGGGGAGUACAAGCCCACUACCUGCGGUACUCUGACACGACGGGAGGUGUACCUGUGAGCUCGAAAAGGGUUGUGCCGCAAAAAAACAUGGCGUAGCUGCUCCAACACCAUCGUUCCAGCUCUAGAAGCUUUUAGCCCCCCCUUGUUCUGGGGCGAGGUAGGACUACACUUUCUCCAAAGACUUUUACGGAAACUUCUAAGUGGAUAUAUCUACUUUUUUUUAAAGUGCUAAUUUUUUUGGGCAUGACUUGGAUGACAGGAGGAGGAGGACGGAACACCUGUAAGGUCACCGACGGACUCGGGAGGAGGCUGUUCUAGUGGCAAGUCGGGCUCUUGUGACACAAUCUGCUGCCUGACAGUCAAUCUGUACAAAAACCAUUUUACAUUUACAGUACAUGCAUGCAUUAACCCCCCAGUAAUCCACCCCUAACCCCCAUUGAGGCCCCACCCCCCCCACCCCCUCCCUGGAAGACAAUGCUGUACAGAAGAUUUCUUUUUCUGUUUGGUUUUUCUACAAAUGUUCUGGGCGACCGCUGAAUAAAACUGGACUGUGAUCAAAACCUGAUCGGGAUGAAAGACUGAGCUUUAAUGAUUCUGCCCAGAAAAAAAAACAAAAAACAAAAAAAAAACAAAAAAAAAAAAAAACCCAUUGAGA